AUGGAGCAAGCCUUGAAGAAAUAUUUCAAAAAUUGGACAAUAAUACUCACUGAUCUCCGGAUUCUAUUGGAAAAAUAUCAGUAUCUUUCAGCUUCCAUACACACUUCCAAAGGUUCUACUACUCUAAAUAUAGGGGGAUCGAUACCGUAUAUCUUCUCAGGCGCUGUUUAUAAUGCCCCUAUCUUAAUAUGUCUGUUGACCAAUUAUCCUUUUACUCCUCCUUCCAUCUAUGUUGUACCCACUGAAACUAUAAAGAUCAUAAAAGGACAUCCAUAUGUAAACCUUAAAGGAGGAGUUACAAUACCAUAUAUAUCAUCAUGGACUCACAAAAGCACACUGGUGGCUGCUGUUAAUCAGUUACAGCAAGUAUUUAACAAAAUGUCACCGAUAUAUUCUGUUGCACCAAAUAUACCUACAAUAAAUUCAGCUACAUCUAAAAGCUCAAUAACUAAUGGUACUGAUGUUAUUACCAGCCCAGAGGACCAGUUCAAGAAAUACAAUCUAUCAUCAAGAGCAAAAGCCGCUAUUUGUGCAGCGAAUGAUUCAAUAAUAGCAUCUAUUAAAGCUAACAGAACUACUUCUGUUAGAGACUAUCACUAUAACUUGAAAAAAUAUGAGUUGCAUCGUAAAGUUUUGUUGUCAUGGGUUUCGGUAUCUCUUGAUCUCAAUACUAUACUUCACGAGGCUCAAACAUCCAAAGACAAGCUGCAAAGUAGACUAGAUCUCGUGGAUACCAGGGAUUUGGAAUCGCUGAACAACGAUCUUGGUUUGAUAUUAUCACAGAUAUUGCAGUACAAAGAGAGGAUUUCUGCUCUUGAAGAGGAUAAACAGAACUCUUUUUUGGAUAUUGAAAAAGUUGUAAAGUUUGAGAAUAAAGAUUCGGAAAGAUUAUGCAACCAAAUUGAACGCGAAGCCACCGCAAAUGACAUGUUAGAAUUCCUUCAUUCCAUAUACAAGAAGAAUAGAAUUUCCACUAAGACAUAUGUAAAGGAAUUAAGACUGUUAAGUCACGAUUUGUUUGUUGCAAAGAUGAAUCGUGAAAAACUUGUAAAGAAUUUGAGUUGA